GGCUGUCUCUGCAGGCGCUGGAGGAAGAAGAGCAGCCUCCUGCUCCCUCUGUGGAGCCCUCAGUGCAAACCCUCACAUAUGUUCCACAUUUUAAGAACUUCAUCUCGCUUAGUCUUCAUAGCCGCAUUCUUGUUUCCGAUUUUACUCAUGAAAACGCUGGGCUCAGAGAAAGUAAGUAACAGAGUGUGCAGCUGUUCCAUUGCAAAGCUGGCUCUUCUAAACAUCGAAGUUCAAUCACUGAAAUGCACUUAUGUUAUUUUGUGUCUAUCGUAAGGACCUAUUCAUAAAAAUACUCCAGAUCUUGUCACUGUAUCAGGUUCCUCUCAUCUCUCAUGAGUCGGUUCUGUGUUUAGUCAACCUUGAAGCAGGACUGAGACAUCUUUGCAGCUAGGUUUAAAGGAAGGGAAGGAGAAACACAGCCUGCCUCAGCCCUCGGUUCAUAAGAGCAGACACUACAGGUGUCUGUCAUGUUAAAGAACAUUGUAGCUUCAAUCUACCUAAAAUAAUGUGUGCUCCAAAAAUGUGAAGUAAAUGUCAUUUGACAGUCCAGGAGGAAGCAGGAACCUUUCCAGAAUGUUCAGCUGUCUGAAGCUCCCAGCAGCAAAACCACAAGUGGCUGAUUUUCAAGAAGGGAAGAGCAGACCCUCGAGCCUCCCUCGUGCUUUCCUCCCAGUAGUGGUUUGUGCCCUGGGUUUACUUUGAUCAUCUGGCUGAUUCAUUCUUGCCAUAAAAACUGGUCUGAAUGCUCUGCUUUGAAAGCCACAAAAACCGGGGGAAACUAGUCACAGAAACCCUGACGAUCAGCUGAUUGUUUAUGCCGCCUGCACUUUUUCCUGCUGGUGCAGGCUGACGGGGCCACACAGAGCUCCAGAGCUGUUCAGCCAGUCUCCACCGUCCGUCUUCCCCAUGCUGGAGAGCGCGGAGCUGCACUUCAACGUGGACCAUGGCUACCUGGAGGGCCUGGUGCGCGGGUGCAAAGCCAGCCUCCUGAGCCAGCAGGACUACGCCAACCUGGUCCAGUGCGAGACCCUGGAAGAUCUGAAAAUUCAUCUCCAGACCACUGAUUACGGAAACUUCUUGGCUAAUGAGACAAAUCCUCUCACAGUUUCCAAAAUUGACACAGAGAUGAGGAGAAAGCUCUGCAGAGAGUUUGCCUAUUUCCGCAGUCAUUCCCUGGAGCCCCUCAGUGCCUUUCUCACCUACAUGACGUGCAGUUACAUGAUAGAUAAUGUGAUUCUACUGAUGAACGGUGCAUUACAAAAAAAAUCCGUGAAGGAACUUCUGGCCAAGUGCCACCCCUUGGGAAGCUUUACAGAAAUGGAAGCAGUCAACAUCGCAGAGACCACUUCAGAUCUCUUCACUGCAGUCCUCGUUGAAACCCCAUUAGCUCCAUUCUUUCAAGACUGUAUGUCUGAAAAUACUCUAGACGAACUGAACAUUGAAUUACUGCGCAAUAAACUAUAUAAGUCUUAUCUUGAGUCAUUCUAUAAAUUUUGCAAGAAUCAUGGUGAUGUCACAGCAGAUGUUAUGUGUCCCAUUCUUGAGUUUGAGGCUGACCGGAGAGCCUUCAUUAUCACCCUGAACUCCUUUGGGACUGAACUGAGCAGAGAAGACCGGCAGACCCUCUACCCGACCUGUGGCAAGCUCUACCCUGAGGGCUUGCGCCUCCUGGCCCAAGCUGAAGACUUUGAUCAGAUGAAGACAGUAGCGGAUCACUAUGGAGUAUACAAACCUGUAUUUGAGGCUGUCGGUGGCAGUGGGGGAAAGACACUAGAAGAUGUGUUUUAUGAGCAUGAGGUGCAAAUGAACGUCCUGGCAUUCAACAGGCAGUUCCACUACGGCGUGUUCUACGCAUACGUAAAGCUAAAGGAACAAGAAAUGCGAAACGUUGUGUGGAUAGCCGAAUGCAUCUCCCAGAGACACCGGACAAAGAUCAACAGCUACAUUCCCAUUCUGCAUCUCCAUGGGCCCAAAUAUGUACUUUAAUUUUUAACUAUCUGUUCCUACCCUAGCUCUGCAAAAUUCUGAAGCUGGCGUCGGUCAACAUGGACCACAAGUGACGGCAAGGACUGCGUUUGUUUUCCAGCAUGCUUUGCGCUGGGGCUUAGAGAAUCCUGCACAAUUGCCUUGAUGUAAAUAGCACUGCUGAUAAUGAACUAGUUUCUCCUAAAUUUCUUCAAAUUAAAAAGUCCUUUAUUGUGGUUCCUUCAUAUUUUAACUUGGAAAUGACCAUUGAUUGUUGUUUUAAUCAUUCAGUAGCUACAGGCGCAGAGCCAGUCUGCAGAGUACGCGUUCUCCAUAAAACUUCAAUAGAGCAAGUGCAUAGAGCUACCCAGAAAAAGAAACAUCAACAAAACACAGCUUAAAUUCUUU